AUAUAGGGGGAAAAUGGCUGCCGAUACUUCUGUUGGAGUAUUUUCAAAAGUUCUGGAGACUCAGAUACUUCAGACAGCCAUGACUGUAGAACAGCAAGUUGAUGCAGAGCUUGAAAAACUGGACCAGAUGGAUGAAGAUGAAUUGGAACUUGUAAAGCAAAGGAGGCUUGAAGCACUGAAGAAAGCCCAGCAACAGAAACAAGAAUGGCUUUCAAAAGGACACGGGGAAUAUAGGGAAAUCUCCAGUGAAAGAGAUUUUUUUCAAGAAGUGAAAGAGAGUAAAAAUGUGGUCUGCCAUUUCUAUAGAGAUACAACUUUCAGAUGCUUAAUAAUAGACAAGCAUUUAAUUAUAUUGGCCAAAAAGCACCUUGAGACCAAGUUUAUCAAAUUAAAUGCUGAAAAAUCCCCAUUUCUGUGUGAGAGACUUCGCAUCAAAGUAAUUCCUACAUUAGCACUUGUAAAAGAUGGGAAAACCCAGGAUUAUGUGGUUGGCUUCACUGAUCUGGGGAACACGGAUGAUUUUACUACAGAAACCUUAGAAUGGAGGCUAGGCUGUGCAAAUAUAAUCAACUACAGGUAA